AUACAUAGUGCUCCAUGUUAUUCCACAUACGUACGAUCUUCGACUCUGUUUUGCUCUAUAAAUCAACGGUUUUAUAAGUCUUUAUAAGUUGUAUUUUUGUGUGUGUUCCAUCAUGGAUGGUGAAGAUAUAUCGAUUGACGACAUUAAACUAUGGAACGUGUCUGCUUUGAAAGACUUUCUUCGGAAAAGGAACUUGAAAGUAAGUGGAAGAAAAGAUGAAUUGGUUGCGUUAGUGUUCGCCGCUAAGAGGAUGCCUGAGCUUGUCGCACCGCCCAAGACUCAAGAAGCCAAGGACACGGAGAAAGCACAGCAUUUUGGAGACAUUUUGAAGACUCUGACAGGAUCGCUGCCGGAUCCAAAAACUCUGAACAAUUGGGUUUCGGAAGCUAGUUCCAUAAUCAUGUGGCCGCCAACCAUGGCGUUUGAUAUAGGAAAGUACCUGGAGUCAAUCGAUGACAUUCCUCUUCGCAGAAGGCUGAUGUCAGACUACAAAGAUCAGAAGGCUUACAGUUAUUUUGCAUCAGGAUGGAUGGAGGAAAUCCAGUACCAUCCUAUUGAUGAAAAGACGAAUUACUGUUUCUUGAAAACAAAAUGUAAACCUUCCCAGAGAGUCAGGGAUGUGCCGUGGAACGUGUGGGUUGCCGCCAACAAGAAGACGGGAGAAGUGCUAAGUGCAUUUUGUGAAUGUUUUGCAGGGUACAGCACAACCUGUAAUCAUGUCGCUGCACUUCUAUUUAAGGUAGAUUUUGCAUGGCGGAACGGACUUACCAAUCCAUCUUGUACAUCUCGGGAAUGUACCUGGUCAGCAUUCGCAGGUAAACAGUCGGUGGAACCAGACCGUGUAUCAGAGAUGACUUGGAGCAAGCCCAAGUUCUCAAGACAAGCCUCAUCUGAUACAGCAGAGGGCAUCAACCCAAAAGUGAGAAGACUAUUCAUGCCACUGAGUGCACGCUCCAAUGAGUCUCAUUCCUCGCUGGAAUCCAUCACCACAGCACUGUAUCCCACCUUCACAGACGCUUGCGCAUUCCAGACGGUUAUGGCCGGGAAGGAGACUGCAUCUACCACUAGUGCACCAGAAAUGUCUACUGAAGUAGAAGUAGAGUCUUGUUCACCACGAUCCCUUCCAUCCCUUGCAGCUCAAGCAACAUCCGCUGAUGAAUUUCUAGACCGUUUGCCAAUCUACUCCGCGAACAUUGUUUCUUCAAUAGAAAGGGUAACAAGAGGACAGUCAGAAAAUCAAAACUGGCAUGAACAGCGAAUCGGACGUGUGACUGGGUCAAUUUCUCAUUCUGUAAUGACCAGAGGGCGCAAAUUGUCUUUGAAUAUCGAACCCAAGUCGGACAGUCUCAUCAAGAAGAUCACUGGUCAAGAUUCUUCUGAAAAGUUUGACCUACCAUCACUCAAGUAUGGUAGGGAGCUAGAGCCAGAGGCCAGAGAGAAAUAUGUUAGGCAGCAGCGGUCGCACCACGCUGGACUUAUUGUGGAAGAAGGGGGCCUCUUCGUGGACCAAGAUAUGGUAUUUCUUGCUGCCAGCCCUGAUGGACUCGUAUCAUGUGAAUGCUGCGGGAAAGGACUUGUUGAAAUCAAAUGUCCAUUCAGCAUUGCGCAUACCGCACCAUCCGUUGAGAAUAUUAGUUACAUGAGAGACACUUCAGAUGGGCCUCCUAGUCUUCAGAAGAACCAUCCUUACUAUUCGCAAGUUCAGUUCCAGAUGGGGAUCAUCAAGCGGUCUUGGUGUGACUUUUUCAUUUACACUCGCCAUGGGAGCAUGACAUCCAGAAUUAGCUUUGAUGAAGAACGAUGGCAAGAACUGGUGCAAAAUGCGGAAGUGGUGUUCAAAACAGAAAUUGCAAAGGAACUAGUGGCAAUGCACUCGCCAAAUUCUUAAAGACUCAUUGCAACACUUCAAUAUGUAACUUUUUCCUGUCUUUAGUCGAUCAUGAACAGAUAUUUUCAAAUUUACCUACAUGUAUAUGCAUUAAAAGAUAAAAAUGAACAUCUUUUCCAAUACAGUUUGUAAGUCUUUACUUUUAAAUUCUAUUAUUGCAGUGAACAUCAGUUUUUAUUGUGAUGUUUUUGUGGAAGAGUAUCAGCCGCAUAGAAACGUUGUUAGCACAAACAAAGCUCUAUCAGAGGCCCCGUUACAACCGGUAUAUUGAUUCAUCAUUGUCUAAUGUCGCAACAAUACACCUUAGAUCAACAUUUAAUAUCCAUACCCGAAAGAUGUGAGUGGGUCGAACUGUUAGCAGGGUAAAUGAUGUCUUUUCGAAUUAUCUUGUGUAAUUUUGGAUAUCAGUCAUGCAUUUAAAGCAACCAGGUAUAUUUCCUCAAAAUCUUAAACGGGUACUCAUUUUAAUCAAAUUUUUUAUACUUUUGGGUGAUUCUAAAUGUGCAAGACAAUGUACAUACUUUUAAUAUUAUAUUGAUUAAAAAAGAACUUAUGUAUAUUCACCUCCAAUUUCACUCAUUCACAAUAUUUUGCUGUAACAAUGUAAUAUGCUGGUUAUGGGCACUUGGAAGUGAAUGUAAAAAUUGUUAAUUUGGUUCAUUGUUUUUUUUUAUUAUUAUUAUUUUUAACUACAUCUAGAUGGUACUGGCAUACAUAUAGAAUCUGGGGCAUUUAAAUCUCCAAAAUUCAAAGAACAAGGAAAAAAAGGGAAAGAAAAGACAAAUUAUUUUCUGAAUAUGUAAUGAUAUUUUCAAUUAGAUUUUUAUCUUUAAAAUGACUUCUCAGAAAUUUUGCCCAAAACACCAUGUUUGGCAUCCUUCCAAAUUUUUGGUUCAUUGCGCCAUGAAGAGAUAGUAUGUACUUACAAUUAUUUUUUUUCUGUGUGUGUAAGAAGAGCUCUUAUUUUUCACAGAUAACAUUCACAAAAAUGGUACGUGUAUGUAGAGUACAGUGCGUCCCACAAAAACGAAUCCGAUGUGUCUGAUUCAUCAUGGGCAUCUUUAAUUUUCCCCUCAUUGUCAAGUUAAUUUUUUUUCAUUAACUGAGUUAAAGCAUCAACAAGCAUGAAGGGUUUGAAAUUUCAGUGUUAAAAUAACCAGCACAGACUUGGUCAUAAUUUGCCAUGCAUGAUGGGUAUACUAUUGGAAAAGAAUGACUCAAAAUAUAAAAUAUUUUACUAAUUCUGUCAGUGUCAAAUUUGAAACUAAAAUACAUUUGAUAGAAAUAUGGGUUUCCUUUUUCUAGGAUACACUGUACAUAUCAAGAAGGCCACAUGAAAUGAUUAUGUUGAGACUUCUAUUUUUUUUUCUACUUUAUUCAAUGUAAAUUAUGAUAGAUUACUCUUAACAAUUUACUGCAUAGACAUAGUACAAGCCGUUACUGGCAGUGAUUCUAAAUUUGUGUACAGAUGGUCACUUUGCAAUCGAUUUUAUAUGCAUUCUUCCACAUUAUACAUGUAUUUUAAAUGAGUACACUUCAUGUUUUAUAUACACUGUAAAUACAGAAAUUACAUACAUGAAAGAUAACUGGUAAAAUGGCAUAUCAUUGUUUUGUAUCAACACUUCAUUUUGUUUGGAAAUCGAAAUGUAUUUGACAUUCAUAAAUAAAAAGGUAACAAACUGGAAUUAAAAUACCCUGUAUACAUUCAACAAAUC